AUGGAGAUCCUGGGGGCCGUCUCAAGCGCCAUCGCCAUCGCUAGACUGGCUGUCAGGUCUACCAAACCUAUCCGAGAAAUCGGCCACAGCUUCAGAAAGGCACCGCGGGAAUACGAGCGACUACGCAAGGCUACCGUCCGGCUCCAGAAUAUCAUCGAAACCAUCGCCAGUCUGAGCCCGGACCAGGAGUACGACGUGAGCCAUGAAAUCAGAAAGAUUUGGUGCUCCCAGAUCGAAGACGUCGGCCGCGACAUCGAUAUUUUCAACGACAAGCUGGACAGGCUGCAGUCGUCUCUCGCCCAAGAUGCUUCGAGAAUGAAACAGAUGGCGGGGAGGCUUCGCAUGUACCUUUCCGAAGACGAGAUGGGAGACUACGAGGUUCAGUUCUCGCACCAUCGGGAGGCAUUGAGUCUCAUAUACUGGCUGACAUCACUCGAUUCGAGAUACGGCCCCAAGGUCAGGUAUACUCUCAGCUGCUCAGUCUCUAGCUACCAACUUCCACUUGGAACGAUUCACAUCGCCAAGAAGACGAGACAGACGACUACCGAGCGCUACCACAAGACCGAGAGGAAGCCGGACUGGGACUACGACUUCAUCAUGUUCCCUCUUCCGCAGUUGACCGAUCGCGUGUUCCACCUCAUGCUGAAAUGGUCUUCCGCUUACCUCCUCACCAAUACCCGAAAGGUGCACCUCUGGAACUCGGAUCCCGAGGUGACGCGCUGCAUGGCCAACGGAGAUGCUGAAGGACUGCGAAGUCUCAUGACAGCUGGCCGUGCACGUCCAGAUGACCUGAUCGCGCCACACGGGCACACAUUGUUGCAUGUGAGAGGCCGCUACCCUGAAUCGUCCCCGAGCCGGAAGUCUUUCUCGAAACCGGACCCGGAUACUGAUGAGACAUCGAUACGUUGA